CAGGUGCCUCGUUUGCCAUGGUUGCCUUUCGCCUCGCCCUCGCCCGGCGCGACGCAGCGCGAGAUGAGAGCUGCCCCCACGCCGCCCCGGCCACGGCCGAGGAGGCGACCAAAGACAGCCUAUGCCGGUAUCUGGACAUUCCCGCGUUCCGCGGCACGCCGCUGCGAUCUGCCGUCGUGCUUAUGCAAGCCGCAGGCGGCAUGGCCAGCUGGUGGGUGCUAGCCACGUGGACCGCCGAUCGGCUCGCGGCUUCUUCUAGCAUCGGGCCGUGCGUGUGCCUUGCGCUGCGUGCCGCGCUCGCCGUGCUGUGGGCGGGCUUGAACCUGCGCUCAUUCAUGAUUUUCCAUGAUUGCGGGCACGGCUCUUUCUUUCAGGGCUCGAAGCGAAUGCGCAUGGCCAACUGGCUCACGCUCCAUGUGUCGGCGGUCAUGUGUGCUACGCCGCCAGACUGGAAUGUGGGUCACCAGCUGCACCACGCCAAUGUGGGGAAUCUCGGGCAGGACGACUACGAUUGGGGCGAGACCGUCUUCCACACCUCCUCCCAGUUUGUCGCGAUGCCGGCUUGGAAGCAGCAACUGUGGCGUGUGCUGCGCCACCCUCUCCCAUUCUUUUCGCUCGCAGGGGUGCUCACGUGGUACUUCAAGAUGCGGCUGCCGUUUGAGCUUCGGCCCGGCCGCAAGGCCGCCUAUCGCUUCACCGAUAAGCUGCUUUCUGCGCUUAUUGUGUUCGGCGUGCGCUAUCCCGCCGCCCACGCGUGCGGCAUCUUCUCGCUCGUGCUGCUGGGGGACUACCUCGCGAUGACGAUGGGCGUCCUCCUUUUCCAUUGGCAGCACGUAUACGAUCACGGUUAUGUGCGCGGCUCGGCCGAAUGGAAGCUUCGCGAGGCCGCAAUGCACGGCUCCUCGCUGGCCGUCGUGCCGACGUGGCUCAAGUAUUUCACGCUGGGCAUCGAGUACCACCACAUCCACCACUUUCGCAUGCGCAUCCCAGGCUACAUGCUGCGCGAGGUGCACGAGGGCGCGCCAUCGGGCGCCUUCGACGACGUUACCGUGCUCGACGCGAAGGGCAUGUGGCGCUCGCUCCACCUCCAAGUAUGGGAUGAGGCGACGCAGCGCUAUGCGACAUUUGAUGAGGUGCUCAAGCGCUCAGAGGCGGCCAAGGCGGCGUGAGCCGGCCGAUGUUUGGUGGACUCGACGCUUCCACCUAUCUCAGAGAGCAUCUAGCAUGCCGACUCCUCGAGGCGAGGAUGUCUCACCCCGGUCGGCAUCGUGGCGUCGUCGUGGCGUCGCGGCGUCGCGGCAUUGUGAUCCCAUAGCGGGCAGCGGCAGGUAGUGUAGCGGGCAGCGGCAGGUAGUUAGUGUAGCGGGCAGCGGCAGGUAGUGUAGCGGGCAGCGGCCCAGGCGAGGUAGCGUUGUGAUCCCAUAGCGGGCAGCGGCAGGUAGUGUAGCGGGUUACCGAUGCUUUGCCUGUUGAGAACCGCCUCACUCUGCGCCACUUUUGAGGCGUUGGCGAAGGCCGGUGAGUGGC